CACUCGAAGAUUUCCAGUUGGCAUUUUUUGACGUUCUGAAUUUCCUAAUUUGUUUUAAAAUUUAACAUCUUUAAGAAACCGGAUUAAAGGACUUUCUGGAUGUACCCAUUAUUAUCAGAUCAGCAUGCCUGAAUAAUCUGCACCAGUGCUCAAGCAGCGAGCAUCCCUCUUGCGCUGUCCGUGCCUGGGACCGCGAUAUCGUCAUCCACGCUUGAAGCUUCUGCAGCAUCCUUCGCGCGUGCACAACUCGUGUCUUGAAUAUGGCAUUUCACAAACCCCGUCUGAGCUUCCCGCGGUCUGUCAGCUUUGACGCGCAAGCCCAUGAAGAACUGGCGCCCGUCCACCGUCACGACAUCGGGGUCUUCUGGGAUCUGCGCCGGCAUCAUUUGGGCGUGGAGGUGGUGACGGUGGAGUCGAUCGUGACGGCGCUGCGUUACCGCGCCAGUCUGCUGCGCGAAUUCUGCACGGAAUGGCUGGCCGUCGGCGGACUGCACGUCCUCGUGCGGGUGGCGGUGGUGUGCGAUCUGCCGCAUGUCACCGCGCUGCAGGUCCAGACGCAGCACGAUGUCAUUAUGCGGACGUUUGAUGAUCUGCAGAUGCAGUUUUGUAACGUGGCCGACAGCCACAAUCCGCCGAAUGCCCGUCGCGAAGGUAUUUGCCGGUUUGUCCGCCAGUUCCUCGACGAUUACCCCUCCCCCAUGCUGGUUGUCGUUUCCGAUGAUCUGCGCUUACUGCAGUGUGUGCGCGACAUCUCCGGCCAGCACACCAUCAUCCCCAUCAUCAGCCGCUACCGGCACGGCCACGCCAACGACACCUACACCCGGCAUCUCUUCAACCGUCUAUUAGCGCAGAACAUCGCGCGCCACCCCUGGGACGCCUACUUCUACGAGACGCUGAUGCGGGUGAUGGUCAAUCAGCGGAAGUACCCGCGCAACUGCCUGCAGAUCCUCUACAACUACGCCAGCAACCGCGACACCGGCACCCUGCGCCAGCCCCUGCUGGCCUGGCUGCUCUCGCUCCUCCUGCAGCUGGGCACCGUGGCGUCGCUGCAGAAGUUCAAUGUCUUUCCCCUGGAUGCUUGACGACGCGGGCUGGGUGAUUGGAAACGGGAUCACGAAUUUCUUGGAAUGAUUUUUGUUAUUAUUAUUUUCCCGUUGGAUUGUUAAUGUGUGCGGUGAAUGCUGCUGCAUGACGGGCGGUUGUUAAUUUCGUUUGUGAGAGUUUAAAAUUUCUUGGAUGUUUGCCACUGGUAUAACAGCCGCGCCAAAGAUGCAGCAAUUAAAGCGAAUA